CUUGAGGAGAUAGAUAGCAAGGGACCAGCAACAAAGCCAGGUGCAGUCACUGCUGAGUGUAGCCCAGUCAAAAUAAUAGCAUAAGCUUCUCGACCAUCUAGCAGGCCCAGAUAAACGACAGAAAUCGCUGGAACAAGGCUCCCAGUUUGUGUGUAGAUGGAAGAGCAGAAUGUGGUUUGUGUUUGAGGAAGAAGACUGAAAAAGUUGUUGUGGUUUUGGCUUCCUGCUGAGGAAAUUCCGCGUCCAGCGCGUCCCUCCCCCCCCCGAACGUCAAUCCAAACCACUACAAAGCAGUGCUCAAGCAACAGGCGUCGAUUGCGCGUUCCCAGUUAUUUGAAUGGUGAGAAUGGACAUGAUCCAGUCUCUGGCUUAUCGUGCCAGAAUUUCCCCUGCAACGGCUCAACGUUCGCACCGAUAAUGGCGACGGUCCGGUCCUUGGGCCUUCACGAGCCUGCCGCCCUCUCGUUCCUGAUCGCAGAGAAUAUUCUCCCUCCGGAGCCAUCUGACGAGCUAUACACGUGGAGAACGAGUUCGGACGAGAGCAGUGAACGGCCGGUGGACGAUGAGAUUGUCUAUACCAAGACCUGCGUCAUCUGGUCUCGAGGCGGGGUGAUCAAGAGGGUGUUCCGAUUCGACGCUGAGAAAGAAAAGAUACGACAUGCUCUGUUCACCCAUUUCGCGGUGGGGAAGGUCGAGAAUAUUGGGGGGAGUAACGCUCAGAGAGACAGGGCGCGAGAUGCAGCAUGGAGUCGGGACGUCCAACAUCCAGAGGGGGCGUUGGACUUGAACGGGAUAGCAGACCCUGGUAGAUCGGCGACGAGCAAGCUUUCGCGAGCCUUGGUUGUGGUUCUCAAGUCUCAAGCUCACAUAUUCUUUCUAUCGGGCAAUAGCCAUGUGAUUCCUCUGCCUUUCGAGGUGGAUACGGUAUUCGCUACUCCACGGGGACUACUUUUCCAAAGACAGGUUCCCGACGAGGAUCCUAAAGCAUAUCCAAUGGCGCCGCCAAACUCGUUCAUGUCUACGCUACCUUUGCAUACGGACUUCCGGUCAUCCCAGGUCUCCAAUGUGUCCACGGGAAGGUUCAAGGCGUCGUUGUCGGCGAUUUCUCCUGCCCAGGGCGCCGCCAGCUGGAAGACGAGACAAAAGAAUGAGGCCAGGGGUCUCCCGCGAGUGUUUUCCCUCAUGGACCCUCAUUCAGAGAUGGGCUUGGUUAUGACUAGCCAGACCUCGAGGGCCCUGGGGAAUAAGGGCAGAUCGUCAGGAUUUGUCUCGCUGGAUCCGGCAGAUGAGAUCGUUUACGUGUCUCCGAAAGACGAACUGGCCACCCACACGGACUCAUUGUCAAAAGGCCCAUUGAUCCUGGUUGUGACUCACAAUGCCACGACCGCUAUGUAUACCAUCUGGACUGCGAGAUAUAGAGAUGAUCAGGCCGGGCCAGCAAGCAAGAAGAAAAGGAGGAAGGAGACCGGAGGCACGCGGUCCAAAAGAAGAAGCUCGCAUUUCAGCAUGGGAACCGGCGCUACAACACCUGCAGCACGCCCAUCUGGUGCGAGGGAGAGCUUUGGGCCUCGAGUUGAUAAUUGGAAUGCUAGCAUAAUGUCGCAUUCACAGACCGAGAGUAGGCCCAAUCCAGAGGAAGACUUGGUAUCCAGGAUUGGCCAAGAUUUCAGUGACAUCGGUGUCCCUUUGAAACAAUCUCGGCGCGUCAGCUCUUUGCUUGCGCGUGCGGAUCUCGCCAGCAGCCAGGACCGGAUUACUUUCUCGGACCUGGCUACGGGGAGCCAAAGCACUCCAGGUCCCCAUGGAGGACCUAGACAAUCGAUGGGCAGUGUAAGCAACCGGGGAAGCUUCGGAUUCAACCCUCGAGGGUCCCUCCCACCUGGUACCGGAUCCAUCUACAGCGCUGCGUCCAGCAGUUUUGUCGAUGCCCCCGUUGAUCGACUCUUGGAAGAGCUCAACAGUGAGAGUCUAUUUGAAGGCUUUGAAAAUAUGGAUCUCAAAGAGUCUACCUCGGGUCUCCCAGAAGAGAUGCUCCUCUCGAAAGUAGAAAGUUUUCCUUCAAAACAUUCCGGUGGCUUUCAGAUCCCGCGAAAAUCGAACGCUUCUCGGCGACUACGAAUCUGCACAUUACCAUCUUCUACAAAUGUCGAAUCUUUGAAGAACGGGGAAUCAUCUUCCUUGGCGGUCUGCAUUGUGGAUCGAGAGAAGAAAACAAUGAGUAUCCUCAACCUAAAACUAGACGGGGUAGCCCUCCCGAAGAAGGACAAAUACUCCUCGAAGAAAACAAAAGGAAAGAUGGCGGCUUUGGAAGAGCGCUCGCUUCUUGUACAAGCAGUCGGGUUGCAAACCUUUCCAAAUGUGCUUGAUGCUUGCAAGGUCGUCGACGGCGAUGUUUCAAAAAUCCUGGUUUUGAGUGUGACGGACGACGGCAAAUACGAAUUAUCUUUGCAAUCGCCUUGGAGCUGCACAGUCAAGAUUAACGUGCCUUCUAAGCUGAUGUUGUAUGAACCUAACGGAAUAUCCCCCUUGAUGCUUUCGAGUCGACCCAGAGAAAGCAGCAUAAAGCGAGUCAUGACAGAGUCACCUCUGGAGAUGCAGGGAUUCGAUCACCCGUCCCUUCAGGGGCGGUUCGAUGUUGUGGACACCCAAAAGAGACGACACAAGCUGCAAUUACGAAUGGAACCCAGCAACGAAUUGGUGAAGAAGAUUCUAAGAGUUUGCAAGCUUGUUACCCGAGAUGCAGACAAAGCAGGUGACAGCCUACUAGUAGGGUGGUGGGAAACGAUGAAAUGGCUUCGAAUGCAGGAAGAGAACGAAAAUGAUGACGAAUGGACAGCCAUGAUUCUUGUCCUCUUCUCCAUGGCCCUCCCUUUCCUCGAAAGCCCGUCGGCGCAGACACCACCAGUUCGGCAGCGGCGCCGAAAGAAGGGUCCCCUCAGGUCGAGCAGUGGCAGCUACGUGGACUCAGAGAGCUGGGAAACGAUGCUCGAUCGAUCAUCGGGGUCUACCGGCGUGGUGGCGCCAUGGAUGACGAGUAGUUCAUGGAGCUGGAUUCUCGAGCAAGAUGAGGAACCUAAACCAUCCAAGAUAGAUGGCAUUGAUCCGAAUUGGUCGACCAAUCGGCUGAACUCAUACCUCCUUCGUUGCAUCUCUUUGGCUCGCGAGUUCCUCCAGAGUCCUGCAGGCAUUGCAGCAGCUGGACCUGAAGGAUACCUCCCUACUGCGGACCCUGCUAACCCAAAUACUCGUCGGACGGUUCUUUCUACCUUGCUGGUCGGGUUGCAUCUUUUGCGCGAAGAGCAGAAAUUGUCGAUCGGCGAGACGGAACGUGCUGGGAAUCCCCUGGGCCUCCUUAUUCCAGUGCUGGCCCAAAUCGGCCGGUGGCUUGGAUGGAAGUCAUGGACUUGGAAAGACCAGGCGUACUACGGUCUUGAACUGGCCAAUAUCGAUCGGUGGCUUUUUGAUGAUACCCAGAUUUCACAUCUUGACAUACCGCCUGAAAUCUUCCCUCCUCCGUCGAUUUUCUCAUGGCUGGAACACGCAUGGCAACGGCCUUCGUCACCGUUUCUGACACUGAUCGAUCUCGUGUCCGUGUCAGGUCGUUCUAGUUCUAGAAAUGGAAAGUUGUGGAAGGAAUGUUUUGCCCUCACUCCACGAACGCUUGCAUUCAACGGCUUUCUUGCUGAAAUACACGAUACGUCAACCGUGCUUGAACGAAUGACCCUUCUGCAUCGCUGGGGUCUAUCUGGGAGUAUAAUCGAAACCUUCCCCGAGGGCGUGAGUGCGCGGCUAUAUGAGAUUGUGAUGCAAUCCCAGAUCUCCGCUUCGACCUCCUGGAGCCCGGAUCUUCUGGAACUGAUUGACCGGGACGAUCUCUACAUGUCAAUCAGCAAGAGCGACUCGCAUCCAUCUGCAGCACCGCCCCAGCCGGCUGUAUCCCACGACGCAGUACGCGACUUCCAUCACAUCGGGAGCUCAACACUAGAAAUCGACACAGUGAAUUCGUUCGAGGCGUCUGCCGAGGCCGACCGGUUCUCUGUUACACGACUAAUUUUCCGUGAAGACAAGCGCUUUGUCGAGGCAUCGCGGUUACUGAACCAAUCUAAAGCCCCCGUGGCAGAGUGCAUCCCCGAGCCCGACUGGUCUGAUUCUGAUCUGCUCGAAGCGCAGAAGGAAGUGGUGCAGCUGGUGACGCUGCGGACAUUAUCCAUUCCUGCCGGACGGGCGAUGCUGACGUUUAGUGGUCGACUGCCCCUACUGACGGAGAAACUUCCCAUACCCUCAUUUUCGCUGCAGUGCGUGAUGAAACCGUCAAAUGUCACAAUCAGCGCAGAGAGAACCUCUUUCAGCGAGGAAAAGGUGUGCUGGGCAUUCUUCCACAACGGGGUGUCGACGGGGUUGGCGAUCUCGAGGGCUUCCAAGGGCAUCGAUACUUCAUGGAUCCUCUUCAACAAACCACAAGAACUGACAAACCGGCAUGCCGGGUUUCUGCUUGCCCUCGGCCUCAACGGCCAUCUCAAGUCUUUGGCAAAAUGGGUAGCCUUUAAAUACCUAACGCCCAAACACACCAUGACGUCUAUCGGCCUUUUGAUCGGCCUGUCCGCAUCGUACAUCGGAACGAUGGACACACUCAUUACCAGGCUAUUGUCCGUCCAUGUGACACGAAUGCUACCCAUGGGAGCUGCAGAGUUAAAUUUAUCAGCAGUGACACAGACGGCAGGAAUCAUGGGCAUCGGCCUAUUGUACUGCAAUUCCCAACAUCGGCGGAUGAGCGAGGUCAUGCUGUCCGAGAUUGAGAACGUGGAUCAAGAGGAGGGCCACGAGGAUCUGCGCAAUGAAGGGUACCGAUUGGCCGCCGGAUUUGCACUGGGCUUCAUUAAUCUGGGCAAAGGCAAGGAUUUACGCGGGAUGCGGGACAUGCACAUCGUGGAGCGCCUGCUGGCGGUGGCCGUUGGGACGCGGAACGUCGAUCUAGCACACAUCCUCGACCGGGCGACAGCGGGGGCGACGAUUGCGCUGAUGAUGAUCUUCAUGAAGACCAAUGACGAGGUGCUGGCGCAGAAGAUCGACAUACCGGACACGACCGUGCGGUUUGACUAUGUGCGGCCGGACCUGUUCCUGCUACGUACCCUGGCGCGUCACCUCAUCCUGUGGGACGGUAUCCAGUCGACCGACGAGUGGUUUACUCAGAGCUUGCCCAAGAUCUACCGGCGACGGUAUCGGCUGACGGGGGUACGGCGGCUGAAGAGCGACGACAUGCCGUUUUUCAACAUUGUGGCCGGUCUCUGCCUCACACUGGGGCUGCGGUACGCCGGGUCCGCACAGCCGGCGGUGCGUGACUUGCUGCUGUCGUACCUGGACCAAUUCAUCCGGAUCUGCCGCCUGCCCGCACUCAGUUACGACGGGAAGCUGGCACGGAACUCGGUGCGCAACUGCCAGGACGUGGUGGCGCUGUCGGCUGCGACGGUGAUGGCGGGCACAGGAGACCUAGCGCUAUUGCGGCGGCUGCGCUCGCUGCACGGACGCGUGGACGCAGACACGCCGUACGGCAGCCACAUGGCAGCGCACAUGGCGCUGGGCCUGCUCUUCUUGGGCGGCGGAAGCUACACGCUGGGUACCUCGGACCUGGCGAUCGGCGCGCUGCUUUGCGCGCUGUACCCUAUCUUCCCGACCACGGUGCUCGAUAACAAGUGCCACCUGCAGGCCUUCCGACAUCUGUGGGUACUCGCCGCAGAGCCACGGUGCCUGGUGCCGCGCGACUUGGACUCGCGACGGCCUGUCUCCGGUCCGCUGACGCUGACGAUGCUCGACGGCGCCGUCCGUCAAGCGACAGCGCCCUGCCUGCUGCCGGACCUUAGCACCCUGGCGCAGGUCGAGAUCCGCAGCCCGGACCACUGGCCGCUUGUGCUCGAUUUUUCAGGCAGCGAGCUGCUGCGCGACAAGUUCCGUCGAGGCGACCAGUCAAUCUACCUGCGACGACGGACGACCAACCCCUCUUCUCCUUCUUCUCCUCCUUCUCCUUCUACAACUGCUACAUCUUCUACAUCCGUCUUUGUCUCAACCAUGGCUGCCCUCAGCGACGCCAAGGACAUCCUCAACAACAACAGUGUGGCAGUCACCCCUUCCGCCACGCAAGUCCAGAACACAAUAUGGGACUGGAUCUUCAACCUUGAAGCCCUGCGCAAUCUGGACGUCCGGGAGCGCUCGCUCGUACUCCCACCUGCCCCGACGCGGGCCCGGAUGCCCUGGCUCCGUCCCUCGGUGGUAGACAGUCGACUGGUGCUCGAAUCGACGGUUGCAGAGCUGACAGCAUCUGGCGAUUUACUGCGUGAUGAUCUGUGGCAGUUGCGGUUGCUUUGUCGUGAUGGGUCUGACGGGGGUACAGAUACUACUACUGCUGCUGCUGCUGCUGCUGCUGCUGCUGCUGCUGCUACUGAUCUCUGGCUACGCAGAGACCUACUUGAGGAACUCCGGUGGAAGAUAUGGGGCGUCCAGAUCGGAGAUAGACUAUGAAUGAGUAUGCGUAUGGAUAGAAUAGUAAUAUGAUAUGUUCAUGACUUCUUUAC